AUGGAAUGGCUCACCUUCAACCUAAACCCCAUUGUCCAAAUUGAAGAGCAACUUCGAUCCUGGAUGCACCCUUCCUUCGCAGCACCGUCCUAUAACCAGACCAACCCUAGUGUUGAUGAUGGUACUCGCACUCACCCACUCGACGAAGACACGGUUCACGCGCACCAAGACCGCCAUCAUUGUGCCGAGGCAUGGCGACAUGCUCUCCUGCUCUAUAUUGAUAGAUUAUUCAGAUGGGAUCGAAGUCAGAUUCGACCGUUGUCUAUUCCUUGUCUUGCCAGAUUGACUCUCAACCAUGUCAAGUGUUGUAGGCGGACUUCUCAGACGCAGAAGCAGUUAUUGUUACCUGUCUUUUUAGCUGGUAGCGAGACGGGGGAUGAGGAGAUGCGGGAUAUGGCUAGGGGAUAUUGUCGGUGGUGGAGUGAACGCAGUAGAUAUAAUAUGUUCCAAUCUGUGCCAGUGUUACUGGAGGAUAUCUGGAACGGAGAUACAUGGUGGGGAGAUGUGGUCGAUGAGAAGACUAAAGGGGCGUCGUCGGCGGAGGGGUCUAAUGUGCAGUUUCUUUUUGGGUAG